AAAACCAUCCAUAUGACUUGCAGAAAAAAAAUGAGCGAAAGAAUGUUAACAUGCUGUUUUAUUUGUUAAUUUCAGUUUUUAGCGUGGCUCUUGCGUCUGAGAGCGAGAAAGUAUUUGGUGGAAGAUAUGCGAAAGUAGGAGAGUUUCCUUUCGUCGUAUAUAUCAAUGGGAAAAUAUUUUGUGCCGGUUCUUUAGUGACCUUUGCUAAAGUAGUGACCGCUGCCCAUUGCUUGACGGUAGGCGGACAAGACAGGAGUGAUAUCAAUGAAGUAUAUGUCCUAGGAGGUACCGUCAAUUUGAAGAACUUCAAUGAAGGAUUCGAAGAAAGGAAAAUAAAUAGCAUAUUGUUGACUGGUGAAUAUAGACCCAGAUCUCGAUUCGGCGGUAAAAUCGACAGUCACGAUAUCGGCUUGGCGUUACUGGAUUAUCCAUUCUAUUCGGGGAAAAAUUUGCAAGUCAUGAAUCUAGUUUCUUGGAAUGCUGCAGAAUUCAAACAUAGUUGGGACGAAAUAGUCGCGAAGAAAACGAUUUGCUAUGCCAUGGGCUGGGGAAUGACGGCAUAUCGUUUGAACAAUUUUGGAACAGAUGUCGUUGCGACUAAACCUUCUCCUAUUUUGAAAGUAAUCCAAGUAAUGCCUGCGGAUAAUGAAUCUUGUUCUAUGUUGUUUCCACGAAAAGAAGAUAUGACGAUGUACGGGGAAAUCUGCGUUUACUCAGUUAAAAAUUCCGAGACGAUCUGCAACGGGGAUUCCGGAGGUCCGUUGGUCUGCGAUGGACGGCCUUAUGCACUACUCAACCACGGUCCGAGAUGUGGCAUUACCUGGUAUCCACAGGGUUAUCUUCUCUACUGGAACUACUUGGACUUCUUAACGCUUAUUGGUACUCGUCUGAUAAUACCGAAAUGGCUGUUUCUAUUAUCUUUUUUCUUGCUAAGUAAUUACUUAUAACAUUCUUACAAUAAAAAUGAUUUGUUACACAUGAUUUUCACUAAUGUAUGGUUACUUAAAACC